AUGUGUCUUGAUGUUUUAGCUGUAGAUGGGAAGUCCUCCAAUGGUAGCUGCAGGCACCGGGAUGUUUUACAGUACCUGAACUUAACUCAAAAAAAUGAGAUGUACGCCAUAGCCCGGCCUGGUACUGCGGAAUCACCCUUAAACAUAACACUGGAUGUACUACUCUAUGCUAUUCUAGAUGUGAACGAGAAGGACCAGAAAUUUGUUUCCUAUAUUUGGAUUGAUUCGUGGUGGCAGAAUGAUGACCUUUUUUGGAAUCCUGAUGACUUCUGUGGUAUUGAGAGGAUUUAUCUUCCUAUUGAAUUAUUAUGGAAGCCAGAUCUAACUAUUGAAGAGAUGACAGACAAGGAUAAGACUCUUCCGAGUCCACAUCUCUCCGUUGAUAGUAUCGGUGAGGUCAUACUUAGGAAUGACAUGGUGGUGGUCAGCACCUGCAAGUUGCACAUUUACCAAUUUCCCUUUGAUGUCCAGACCUGCACCCUGUCUUUCAAGUCUGUCGUGUACAAUGUCGCGGAUAUGCAGCUUGUUUCGGCAGGUAGCUCCUCAAGGAUCUCAGAGUUGUCUCGCAAGAUGAUGCGGACCCAGUCCGAGUGGAUGUAUCUUAAUAUGACAAUCUACAGAAAAACUGUCGACAAUUUUGGUUUCCACCAAAGCAUGUUGGUUUACACUAUCAAGAUGAGGAGGCGUUCUGCCCUCUACAUCGCCAACUUCUUGGUACCCGUCCUGUUCUUCUUCUGUCUGGAUUUGGCCUCCUUCCUGGUCUCAGACAGGGGGGGCGAGAAGCUCAGCUUCAAGGUCACUGUGCUGCUCGCUGUCACCUUGAUGCAGCUUAUUCUCAAUGAGAUUCUGCCUUCCUCUUCAGAGAGUAUCCCUCUUAUUGUGGUCUACUGCAUUGGAAUUUUUGGUUUGAUGAUGCUCAGCCUCCUGGAGACGAUUUUGUUGAUGUAUCUGGUAGAAAAAGACAUUGAGGCAGACAAAGACCAAAGUCUGAGUGAAGACUAUCGGGACAAACAGGGAAAAGCCGGCUCCUGCAACUGUUUUAAAGGGGUUAAUAAAUUGACCCACUUUUCAUCCACUGGUGAAACGCUAUCUGAACUGCUGUCAGUAGCCAAAGAGGUUAGUAUUAAGUAG